AUGAACUUAAAAAGUUUAGAUGAUAUAAAAUAUAAAAUUCAUAAAAUUAAAGUUUUAGACGAAAAUGACAAAAAAGCAAAAGCCGUUUUAAAGAAAGCUUCCGAGCAAGUAAUGCCCAUUAUGAGAAAAAGACGUUUUUCAGUUGAAUUACUUUCAGAAUUUCUGCCUGCGAAUCCAAAUUUAUUGGGUCUAAACAUUGGAAAAAAUUCAGAAAUUAAGAUAAGACUUCGAAAUAAGAAAGGAAACGAAAUAUUUCAUUUUAAUGAUAUAAUGGGAACUUUACUACAUGAAUUAGCACAUAUAGUACAUAGUAAUCAUGAUAAAUCCUUUUAUGAAUUACUAGAUAAACUAAUUUUAGAAUAUAAUGAAUUAUAUAUAUAUAAAGAUUUAGGAUAUACAGGAAAAAAGGUAGGAAAUAAUAAAAGAAAAACUACAUUUUUUAAUAUCAACCCAAAGGUAAUGGCUGCACAAGCCGCAGAAAAAAGGUUAAUAAAUAAUUUUAUUGACAAAGAUGGUAAAAUAAUAAAUUUAUCUCUUGAAAGCUGCUUAACAGAGAAGCAACGUGAACAUUUAUUUAAAAAUAGAAAAGAACAUGAUGAUAAAAUUUGCUCUUUAAAUAAUGAUGUAAUUAUAAUAGAUCCGUUAAGUAAAUAUUGUAAAAAUAUAGAAAGUGAAAAUUCCAUAAAUUAUAUGCAUACAAAAAAAGAUAAUCAAAUUUCUAUAAAUUCCUCAAAUACUAAAUCCAGUACAAAUUAUACAAACUCAAAAAAUAAAAAUAAAAAUUAUUCAAGUUCAAAAAUUAAUAUAAGUUAUAUAAAUACAAAAAGUAAUGAUAAAAAAUAUAUAACUAAAAAAAACAAUAAUAGAAAUUUUGCAAAUUCAGAAAAUAAUAGUGAUGAUAAUGUAUAUGUUUUAAAAGUAAAAAAAGCUGGCAGUGAUCUGAAAGAAAUAAAAGAUAAAAAUAAUUCUAUUUCAUGUGAUAACUUUUAUAUUAAUAAAAAUAAAAAGAGAAGAAUAAUUAUUUUGGAUUAA